AUUAAUCUGAUACGCACCUUAAGACACAGAGAAAAAAAUAAUAUGAACACAACCAAGGACGUGUUUGAUGUGUCACGGUUCUUGCUAUUAGAAUCAUCUGCAGAUUCCGAUACCUAUCGCAACGGCGGAGGCGCCAAUCAGAUCGAGGGUGCCCACGACGGCGAACGCAACGCUAACAAUAACGAUUACGCGGAUCACGAUGAUAUUGAUGAGUCUUGUACUGCCAAUUCAUACGAGACGUCUUGUGUAACGGCGUGGAGACCGAGUUUCGACCCGGAGGAUACGGUGAAAGAAGAAAUAACUCUCACAGGCGGAGAGGAAGAAGACGAGGAUGGAGAAGGAGAGGUGAACAGCUACAUAAGAUAUAGGAGAAGUCAACGUGAAAAUAUGACCGUUGAUUCUAGUGCGGUGGUGAGUGAGAUGGAUAAAAGUCAAGUGUUCUGGGAAGCUUGUCUAGCUUCCUGAUAUGUCUUUCUUGUUUCACGGAGAGGGAAACCGAACAACGUCUUCUUGUCUACCUAAUUAGGUUUAAUACAUGUCUAGCUAUUUUUUGUUUGUUUGAAUUUUUGCUUGUAAAGGUGUCUAAGAAUCACAUCUACCCAUCAAUUAUGUCCAUAGAUUUCCUCAUCAAGUAACAAAAAGUAUCAACAUGAUCAAUCUGAUCAAGUUCUCUUGGUAAUACAAUAAAUCUAUGUUUUC